UCACCAGGGGGCCUGAUGUUAUCGCCCAGUGGCCUCUCAGCCUCCCUCUGCUGCUACUCCUCAUCAGACCAGAGUCUCUUCACAACUCCAUCUCUUCAUAGGACUGAGAGACCACAGAGAGGACCGGCCUAUCACCUCAGACCAGGAAUGCCUUUUGGAGGAGGAAACAAGUGCGGCUGCUGCCAGAAAACGGUCUACUUUGCUGAGGAAGUGCAAUGCGAGGGGAAAAGCUGGCAUAAAUCUUGCUUUCGGUGCAUGGUGUGUAAGAAGAACUUGGACAGCACAACAGUCGCCGUUCAUGUGGAUGAGAUCUACUGCAAAUCAUGCUACGGCAAGAAAUACGGCCCAAAAGGCUACGGUUAUGGAGGUGGGGCCGGCACUCUGAGUAUGGACACAGGAGAGGGACUGGGAAUCAAGCCUGAAGUACAUGCCCCUCAUCGCCCCACAACAAACCCCAACGCCUCAAAGUUUGCCCAGAAACCAGGGGACUCUGAAGUUUGUCCUCGAUGUGGGAAAACUGUGUACGCAGCAGAGAAGGUCAUCGGAGGAGGAAAUUCCUGGCAUAAAGGCUGCUUCCGCUGUGCCAAGUGUGGCAAAGGUCUCGAGUCCACGACUCUGGCCGAUAAAGACGGAGAGAUCUUCUGUAAAGGCUGCUAUGCAAAGCACUUUGGUCCCAAAGGUUGUGGCUUCGGUCAGGGGGCAGGAGCCCUGGCUUACUCGCAGUAAGGCCUGGAGGCUCGACCCACCUUUGACUGACCUCCACGCUCUGAUAUCGUCACCUCCAGGAUGCUUCAGUCGAUAUCUCGCCUUUUUACGCUGCCCUUUCUCUCUAGCUGAAGGCAAAGAGAAAUGAAAGAUGCACAUCUUUUAGACAAACUCACUGAGUAGAUUUUGCUCUGAAUGUUGCAUUUGAUUUGAUUCUGUUUUUUUGAUGUCCUGCUUUUUGACUGGUGAAUAAACAAAAUGCUGAAGAUUUACAGCAUAAUGACCUCUAACUAUGUGUUCAAAGAUGAACAUUAUGUCAGAGUUUACAAUGCUGGCUUUAGAGGAAAACAAAAAUGUAAUAUAAAGAGACGUUUGCACAGCUGAUUAAAAAAAAAAUGUGACAAAUGCUGAGUUUGAAUAACAUCUGAAUCUAUUUCUGUACAAGCAAGAACAAAAUAAAACCAUAAUUUUUCAAGACUGACAGCUUAGAAUAAACAGCCUCACAUCCUCCUGCUGUUACACUCAAGAUAAAGCCUGUUUUCUGCCUUACCUGUCAAGUUUUGUACAGAUUUUUUAAGAAAUGCUUCAUUUCUGACACACAAAAUAAAUAUCAGGAAAAACA